AUGUCCAGCCCACUAGAGCGCACGUCCAGUAACGAGGGUGGCUCACUGCGCGCGCCGAGGAAGGCUAGCAGCAGCACUUCUCUCAGCUCCUUGCCGUCCCGCUUCGCCCAACCACCUACGCUCAAGCCAUCCUCCGCCGAAGUCCAAGUCGACUUGAGCUCAGCCUCUUCCCAGCCGCAUGCAGCCUCCUCCUCUCGGAGUAGCACGCACAAUGACAGGCCCAAAUCCGUGCUUCCUGCCAUUCAACCUUCCGGACCCGCCGCUACAAUACCAACAAAGGCUCGGCCAAGAACCAGCAUCAUCGAGUCGAGCCAGUUAUGGAAGACGAGCGCCGCCAAGCGUGCCGAGAAGGAGUGGGCGAUACAGACAGAACGCGCGCUCUACUCGGAUGUCAAGUUCAAAAAGUACAUCAAGAUCAUCGAGACGGUCCUCGCUUCCUUUGACAAUGUCAGCGAAUGGGCCGACUUUAUCUCCUUUCUCGCGCGGCUUCACAAGGCGAUGCAGGCAUAUCCCAACUACAACGCCAUCCCACGCAAACUCAUCGUAGCCAAACGACUAGCUCAGUGUCUCAAUCCAGCGCUUCCCUCCGGUGUCCAUCAGCGUGCCCUCGAUGUCUAUCUUCACAUCUUGGGCGUGAUCGGGCCCGACGGUCUACGCAGAGACCUGCACGUCUGGACCAGCGGCCUCUUGCCCUUCUUCCAGUACGCGUCCACCUCGGUCAAACCCACGCUCAUCACUAUCUACGAGUCUUACUAUCUGCCACUGCAAGAGGACCUUCAUCCACUCACAAAGGCGCUUCAGAUGGCUUUGUUGCCCGGACUGGAGGAAGAGACGAGCGAAUACUACGAGCGAACAUUGCGCCUCCUCGAUGGCGUCUCGGAGGCCGUCACUCUGCCGUUUUUCCUGCAGAACCUGUGGCUCACCCUCAUCACCACCCCUUCCGUCCGUCUCGCCGCUCUCAACUACCUCACACGCAGAAUGCCGCCAGUUCAAGACGCCAAGGAUCCUACUGCGCUCGUUGGCAAAGACCUGGGUCUGCUGGUACGCGGCCUGGCGCAUGCGCUCGACGACGACGUGCUCUUGGUGCGUCGAAAUGCUCUCGAGAUUCUCGUCACCUACGUACAAAUCGACAAGCCCAUGUUCAAGUCCUUUAUCAAGCGUCCAGACCAGAUCAUUCUCCUUCGCUCCGCACUCAACGUCGUCCUGCGCAAGGACCUCAGUCUCAACCGUCGCCUCUAUACAUGGCUCCUUGGCUCCGACGAAUCACCCGAGAGUCAAAUCUCUUUCCUGCGUCAACAUGGCCUCGACUUGCUUCACGCUGGUCUCAAGCAGGAUUUCGAGAAGAACACUUCGAACGCAGCGGAUCGCCAAAAGCCGUACCGCAUCUUCGUCUCGCUGCUCGACAAAUGGGAAAUCGGCCAGUCGCUCACGGGUGUGCUUGCUCUCGAUGCAUUCCACGCCAUCAGCCUGGCCGUGGCAAGAGGUCAGGAAGAGGAGCUCAUGACCACGGCCAAGAUGCUAUUCGAGAUUGUCGAUCCCUUCCUGCUAUACGGUCGCUUUCUCGAGGCGAUCCUUCGUCAAUUCCAGCCAGACGCAGCAUCGUCGGCGUCGACAGAGGCCAUGGUCUCCACAGCCGCAGUGACUAUGUCGAGGCCGACCGAGGCGCAGUCGCCGCUGGCACUCCUCUGCUUUGUCUUGAAAGCCUUUCACAUUCACGACGAAGAGACAAAGCAGAUCCACGUCCCGCUCCUCUUUGCUGCUGUCUGCCAGCUUCUGCUCCAGCAGCUGCAGCAAAGCCAGGCUCAGGACGAUGCGGCAGCGUUGAGAGCGCUCGACGCGCUCGAGCUGCUCAAGUUGCUCGUGACCGUGAUGCCGUCCCGUGUAUUCGUCCGCAUCGCAUCCACUGCCUCUGAAUCCGAGACCGCACCUGCUUCCAGCGCGCAAGACUUCGUACAGCGAGCGCGUACCUUCUAUGCUUCUAGCGAGACGGACAGCCAACAAGCAGCUCGCAACUUUCCGAGCUUUCAGGACAGCGGACCCGCCACGUCACUCGUCGAGCUCCUGGGAGCCGUAUGCCUCGAGAGCGGUCGACGGGCCAAAGACGCUUCGACAGGCACAGAAGCCUUUGUUCGCGCGCUCGAUGUUUUCGCCGACCUCAUGCGCGUGGUCGACGGCUCUGAAGCUGCCGAAGAGAUCGCUCUCGUCACUACCGCGCCCGCCGGAACCGAACCAGCGUCCACCUCAAAGUUGCCGUGGGACGCUACAUCCUGGGCAGCAUCCCUCCUACCGUACCUGGACCACGUCAACACCUUCGCAGAGGUCGAGCGCAUCGUCGAAGUGCUCAUCUCGUGCCGCAUAUGUCGCGCGCUCGAAAGGCCGAUCCAGCUCGAUCCGCCGCACAUCCUCGACCGCAUCGUUGUCUCGCUCAUGCGUUAUCUGGCGCCUUCGAUGUCUCCCUACCACGUGCGCGCCGUCGAACUUUUGUGGGCUACGUAUAAAGUCACGCAACGAUCUCGUCUCGAGACCGCCGUUACUCAGCAGCUCAGUCGCGGUACUGGCACGGCCAAAGCGGCCGCUCUCACCGCUUUCGGCACCUUCUGGCGCUUGUCCGAGGACGUCUCGACCGAUGAGCUGCGCACCCCACUGCUCGUCGUGCUUGACAAGCUGCAAUCCCAAGAGGUGGACGAACGACAGCAGGCAGAAGUCUGGCUGCGAGCCAACCUGAGAUCGUACACGAAAGUCAUUGAUCCGCUGCUGCACAUGCUUGUGAGCAAUCGAGCCGUUCGAUCAGCGUCCGCAACGCAAGACAUCGAUGGCAUCAGCGUGGCCUUCACUCAAGUGCAGGAGCCUUUCAAUCAGCACCUUGUCGACUACGCGCUCCGAACGCUUUCUUCCUUUGUGCGCUUUGGCGGGCUCAAUCUCACAAAGGCACUGGCUACGGUGUCCCUCACCAUUUCGCAGAGCACAGCAACAAAGCAGCUGAUCAAGAACGAGACGGUGGCUGCCUCUUCCUCGUACUUGGAUGCCCUGCUUAACGAAUGCACCACGUGGAUUCGGGCAUACCCCUCGUCGCAGCUCCAGUCCAGCUACGACACCGCUCUAGCAACAACGCGGCUUGCUGCCGUUGACCUCGUGCACUGCUUCGUUCAGCGAGGACCGCCUCACCCGAAACGCACUGACGAGCUAGAGUCGCUGCUGAUCGAAGCUCUGCUGAUGGCAGUCCAACACAAUGCCACCGAAGUCCAAACAAGGAUGCUCCCAACUCUGCAAGCCAUCCUUGUCACCACGACGAGCCCUUCGAAUCGCCCUGACUUGACCCAGCGACGCAUGUCAAGCACCUCCGAGUCGCAAAGCGUCCACAAACGUGGCGACUCUCUCGGCCGCAGCGAGGUCGACGUCAGCACAGGGUCUCCGGUCAUUGUGAUGCAGAAGCCAGCACCGCCAUCGACGACGUCGCCGCCGCCAAAGCAGCCCCACCGCCUUCUGCUGCCUCUAGUCCAGCGCGGACUGAUGACCGCCUCCAAUCGAACGGUCCUCCCGCAUUGGUCCGACUUCCUCCUCACGACAACACAGCUCUACCGUAGCAGCUCCCUCACCUUGCUCCUGCCGCUCAACAGGACGACCUGCGAGUUGAUAGCCAAAGCAACGCUCGAACUCGGUGCCUCUUUUGUGCCAGGCGCUAGCAGACCCACUUUUGGUGCCGAGCUGGUGGUGCAGCCGCAGGACACGCCCUGUUCCUUCCUCGAGUCGGACCUACUGCUGCUCAUCCAUCUUGCCGAACGGACAUGGAUGCUCGCUGCGAGUAGCCCCCACGUUGAGGCGCACAACCUAUCAACUGCUCGAAGCGGCACGAAGGAAAGCUCUACGACGGCAGCCUCGCCCAUCAUCAGCAACGAGAAGGUAUCGCAAGAGCAGGAGGCUCCGGGCCUGCUCGGACUCGUCUCCAACGUCUUUUCAUCCGACACGACAGGGGACGAGAAGGCAGACACGAGCCUAGAUGGGCGCGAUCGCAACCUUCACCUCACCGUUCGAACACUGCAUCGCCUGUGGACCUUUUGCAGCACAGAGCUGUCCCACACGGAUGCAAAGUCCCUCUCUCUCGAUGCCAUGACCUCGAAGGUCAAGCUGCGAUGCCGUCGCGCGUUUGAGCGCAUCUACCGCGCCCGCCCUGCAGACACGGUGGAGUCGCUGAUACACUGCUGGCAAGCAAGCGUCCAAGCUGGCCACGCUCGGGACGAAACCGCAACGAGAGCCGUCGUUGAGAUUCUCGAUGUGGUCACUCCCAGUGUGCAGAUCCUCGUCACCUUCUUGUGCGACGUGCUGGGCGCCCGCAUCGCGAAGCCAGAUGUGGACAGAGCUCGCAAGAACAGUCCUUCCUCUAGUACGGCCACCAUCGUAUCCAACGCCACCCUGUUUCUCUUCUUUGAGGCUCUGCUGGCAAGGAUGCAGCCGCAAGAGGCCGUGCAAGUCUGGCCGGUCCUCAACAACUUUUUCAAGGACUUCAUCGCCCACACCAUGUCGCGCAAGGUCCACGUCUACCCGAUGCUGCGCCUUGUGACCGCGUUCGGCGAGAAGAUCUGCUUGACCACCGCCAUCGAGGAGCGACGGACCAAGCGCGAUCUGCAAGAUCACAUUGCCAAGCUCAUCGACUCGUGCAUCCUCAUCUCUGGCAAGUCGUUCGAUCCAUCGACGUGGAUUCGUCGUUCCGGCCGCGAGGGGGAAGACUUGGACAAGGAGGCCGCCGACUUUGCCGUGCAAUUUCACUCUCUCGAAGACGAGAAGCGCGCCGACGUCUUCCACGCAGAAGCAUCCGCAAGCAAUGCGGUCAUCGACGCCAUUAACCACUUCCUUGCGACGCGCGGCCUCGCGGCACUCCGCAAGAUCCAGAUGGACGCGGAUCGAAUCCAGACCAUCGUUUCGAAUGCCGUGUACUACAUUGUCGCUCCUGCCGCACGCACGAGGUCGAACACAUUCGAGAUCGAUGCGAGCGUCGUCGCUGUCAUCUCGGAGCUCGCUCGCACGCCAGGCACCGUCAAGGCAUGGCGCGUCACCGUCGCCGACAUCUUUGGCGACGCGCGCUUCUUCAGCAUGCCUCUCGUCACGGCUGAACGAUGGAAGCCGAUCGUCUUGGCGCUCAUGACCCAAGACAAGGAGCGCAUCUCGGAUCUUCUCACUCGCGUCAGUGCGUCGGCAGCAGCGACCAACAUCUUUGCCAAUCGCGAGCUCGAGAUGCUCUCCCGCGCGCUGAAUUUGCGUCGUCUUUCGUUCGCCAUUUUUGCCGGUGAGCAGGAUACCUUCCUCACACAGCUGCCGCUGAUCCAGGAGAAGCUCGUUGAUCUGCUCCGGUCGUCGGUGUCGGAAGUGUUGCAUGCUGAGGUGUAUCUGUGCCUGCGGGUGCUGCUGGUGCGAUUCUCGGCGAGAAACUUGACGAGCUUCUGGCCUGUGCUCAUGACCGAGCUGAUGCGGCUGUACGAUCAAGUAGCCACCGAGCCCGAGGGCAUCCAGCAGACGGUCGAUGGUCGCAAUCUGCUCUUGUCCACGCUGAAACUGCUCGACCUACUCGUGCUGAUUCAGCCGGAGGACUUCCAGAUCAACGAGUGGCUCUUCAUCACUGACACCAUCGACGCCGUCUAUCCGCUCGACGACUUUCAAUCGGAAACACUGCUCGACCAGCUCUCCGCCACGUUCGAGAAGAACAGCCGACAUCCGACCCACCACGCACGCAGGUCCGACGUCGGAUCAAAGAGAAGAUUGCGCCUGCGCCUCCGCUCCAUCAGCUCGGUCGGUGAACUGCUCCCCUUCCUCCACAGCAUCUCCCAGACCGCCUUCGAGGGCAACUACAGCAACGCCGAGAUCGACUUGGAGGAUGUGGACAGGUGUCUGUUGGUGGAUAUGUUCGAUAGUGGCUCGGCGUCGCAAGAUUUGCAGAAAGCUAGCACUGGGUCUUAG